AUGUCGCUGUCUGUGUCAUGCAAUCCUGCGGCGAAGGACAGGAGUUACCAUUUAGAACCUCUCAAAGGGAACCCUUGCAGAGUGUCGAAUUACUAUGCCGGCACUCUACCCAGUUCGCAGUACAUGGGUGUCUUCAGGAGCGCACAGAGCGUCUUUCAUCCUCUGAAAUCCCUGGGACGCCUCGUCACGGACACUCAAGCAGUUAUGCCUUUCAAUUUCAACGGAGUCCCGUCCUUUUUCAACCAUAAUAGCCACCAGACAUCUGUCAUUCAAGAGCAAGUCUACAGCGUGUCCAGCGCUCCGUACCUCAACAGAAUGCAACACACCCCGCACGCCCUGUACCACAAGCACGAGGAAUUACCCACCAGAGUUAGCGGGCAUACAGCGGGAUCCUUGUCAGAAUUCAGCAGUCCAGCAAGCGAUAAAUCAUCCAUCACGUCGUCUUCAUCUCCGAAGCAGAGUUUAGUCUGUCUUCGCAACUCAGAUUCAGUCACAGAAAAAACAAACAGUUACUGUUUCAGCGAAGAAGAUCUUUUCACCGUUCUCUAUGGUUACUCAAAGAGCCAGGACCAGAGUGCUGGCCAUGCCAUCUCUGGCCUGGUCUUCCCUGGAACCACAGUUCCCGAUAAUCAAUCUCAGCUCCUGGACACAGAGGCUCUAGAACUACCGGAAGGAUUGUCUAUACUUCAAACAAAGUAUGGAGAUGUUCCCCACUAUGGAGUUUUUGCACACAAGAGCCCCAUACCUAAAGGGACACGGUUUGGGCCUUUCCAAGGAAAACUGGUGAACACCAGCGAGAUCAAAACGUAUGAUGACAAUACAUUGAUGUGGGAGAUCUUUGAGAAUGGUCGCCUGAGUCACUUUGUGGACGGCAGAGGGUCGUCGGGGAACUGGAUGUCUCUGGUGAAAUGCGCCCGAUUUCCAGAAGAACAGAACCUCAUCGCCGUCCAGAGCCAAAGUCAGAUCUUCUAUGAAACCUGUAAAGAAAUCAGGUCAAAUCAAGAGCUCCUGGUCUGGUACGGCGACUGUUACGUGCAAUUUCUUGGAAUCCCGCUCACGCUGAAGGAAAUGAUCAGUGACAGAAACACACUGAUCCCAACCGAAGACUCGGGAGAAGGGUUCAAGUGUGAUCGAUGCGGAAAAGUCUUCGCGUACAAAUACUACAGAGAUAAACAUCUGAAGUAUACGCGGUGUGUGGACCAGGGGGAUAGAAAGUUCCCUUGUCAUCUUUGCAACAGGUCAUUCGAAAAGCGCGACCGACUCAGGAUCCACAUUUUACACGUUCAUGAGAAACACAGGCCUCAUAAGUGCACCGUGUGCGGGAAAAGUUUCUCUCAGUCGUCCAGCCUGAACAAACACAUGCGCGUGCACUCGGGAGAGCGGCCUUACAAGUGUGUUUACUGUAACAAGGCAUUCACUGCCUCGAGCAUUCUACGGACCCAUAUCAGGCAACAUUCUGGCGAGAAGCCCUUCAAGUGCAAGCACUGCGGAAAAGCCUUCGCCUCUCACGCGGCACACGACAGUCAUGUGAGGCGAACCCAUGCCAAAGACAAAGCAUACUCCUGUGACGUUUGUGGCAACACUUUCAAAGAUGUGCAAGAGCUCAAAUAUCACAUGAAGAGUCAUAAAGGGGAGCGACCACUUUUAGACAGUGUCCUCUCAUCACCAGUUCCUUCAAACCAUUCUGUGGGCGAUAAGGAUUUGUUUUCCAUAACCAAGGACUGCGCUGGGACUCAAAGGCAACUGAGAGAGAACUAUUCCUACAGCGGACUGACCUCCCUAAAUACAGAAUACCGACCUUGGAAUUAG